AUGACAGUUACCACUAGGAGAGGUAAUGUAUUGGUAGAUCCUCCUGUGGGCAAGCCUGUGGUUGACGUUAUGGAAAAUAAAGUUGAGAAAAUAGAAAUUGACCAUCUAGUGGAGUCUGGGAAAUUAGAUCAAGUUAUUGGUUAUACACCAUCCCAUCAUCAGCAGGUUGAUAAGUUGGAAAAGAGCAAUGGAAAGAAAACUAAAGUGGUUGUUACUUCACUCCCAAAAGCACCUCCUCUAUUUCCCUGUCGGUCAAAGAAAAAGGCUGACAAUGUAAUGUUUGAAGAAUUAAAGAAAAUGCCUGGGUAUUCAAAGUUCAUGAAAGGCCUUGUUACAAAUAAGCAGAUAGUUUGUUUUGAGCUGGUGUCCAAUCUCCAUCAUUGUGGUGCUAUUUCCACAAGGUCAUUACUGCAGAAGAAGGAAGACCCUGGAGAAUUUAUCAUCCCGUGCACUAUUAGGCCUCUUGAUUUUACAAAAGCUCUAUGUGACUUGGAAGCCAGUAUAAAUUUUAUGCCGCUUGCUAUGUAUAAAGAAUUAGGUUUGUGGGAUCCUACUCCCAUAAACAUGAGAUUAGUUAUCAAGGACAGGUAUGUAAAGCGGCCCCUGGGAAUUCCAUAUGACGUAUAA